UAACCUUAGAAUCGCUAACUAAGGUUGAUUAAUAGGGGUCAACUAGGGUCAGCUGAAGCAUCACAUGACUUCCGGGUGUGGGCAUCACAUGAUUCCUCCUUCCUUGCUGCAACGCGUUGGAAACAGAUCCAUCAUGCUGGCCUGGGUUGUCUUGUCCGUGCUCGCGGCGGUCUCCGCUAAGGAGUUCCCCAUCCACCAACCGCUGACACAGGAGAUCAUCGACUAUGUCAACUCCAUCGACACCACGUGGAAGGCAGGGUGGAACUUCCAGGGAGCGACAGUGUCCUACGUGAAGGGCCUGUGUGGUGUGAUCAGGGAUCCAAACAACCACAAACUCCCUCUCAAGCUGCACGAACUCAACGCUCAGGACAUCCCUGACACGUUUGACUCCAGGACCCAGUGGGCCAACUGCCCCACCAUCAAGGAGGUCCGCGACCAGGGCUCCUGUGGCUCCUGCUGGGCUCUUGCUGCCGUUGAGGCAAUGAGCGACCGUAUCUGUGUCGCGUCGAAGGGAAUGACAAUGGCACACAUCUCCGCUGAAGACCUGAACUCUUGCUGCAAGAGCUGUGGUAACGGGUGCCAUGGUGGCUUCCCUGAGGCAGCCUGGGAGUACUGGAAGCAGGACGGCCUGGUCACAGGUGGACCCUACGGCUCCAUGCAGGGCUGCCAGCCCUACGAGAUCGCCCCCUGUGAGCACCACAUCAACGGCUCCCGCCCCGCCUGCGGCAAGAUCGAGCCCACCCCCAGGUGCAAGAAGACGUGCGAAUCCGGGUACAACGUCACCUUCAAUAAGGACAAGCACUAUGCCAAGUCUGCCUACUCCGUCAGCUCCAAGGUUCAGCAGAUCCAGAUGGAGAUCAUGACUAACGGACCUGUUGAGGCUGCCUUCACCGUGUACGCUGACUUCCCUCACUACAAGUCUGGUGUGUACCAGCAUGAGUCUGGCGCUGAGCUCGGCGGCCACGCCGUGAAGAUGAUCGGAUGGGGAAUGGAGGGCAGCACUCCCUAUUGGCUGAUCGCCAACAGCUGGAACAGCGACUGGGGCGAUAUGGGCUUCUUCAAGAUCCUGAGGGGCCAGGACGAGUGCGGUAUCGAGAGGGACAUCGUCGCCGGAGAGCCUCGCAUGGACUAGACUCCGCCACGCAGCACCCA